AGGGGGCAGGGAUAAGGGGGCGUGGCCGAGGGUCUGACUGCUGGAAGGGGCAGUGGGGUAUUCGCUCAACAUUUUGGGUGCGAGCGAAGGGCGAAUUUUCACUGCGCACUCACUCGGCGGACGGGGGUGUUUAGUUCGGCGAGGGUGAAAAUGGCGCUGGGUGGAAAAAUUCCCACCGUCCUGGAGCAGCUGCUCGAAGAAAUCAACUUCCAGCGCACGAAGGAGAUGAGGCACCUGAUGAAAGACGAUUCUUCAGGUUUUGUGCUGCUGCAAGGCGCCUCAUAUUGGACAGACCUGUUUGUGCGCCACUUCCUCUUCCAAACAGAUCAGAGUAUAGACUGCGACGACCUGCUCUUUUUUGUAAGAAAGCGUCACGUCAAAGGCUCUUCAAGACACCUUCCUAAAUUUGAGACAGAAGUAGAAGUGUUUAGAAAAGACAGCCGAAAGUUGCCCAUAGGAGACCCUGACAUUGACUGGGAAGAGACCGUCUACCUCAAUUUGAUAAUCCACCAGUUCGACUAUACCCUUACGCUGGCUAUCUGCACCAGAACUAGUCCUAAAGAACUGCAGGUUUUGAGACGACACUCUCAGAAAGUGUAUGCUUCUCCAAGUAGGAGAAGAAUGGACACAAAGGGAGACGUGGAAGAAAUGACUUAUCCUUACGUUUGUUUCAUGGUUGACAAUUUUGACGAGGUUUUCUGUGACAUUUUGGUGAGGGAUGGCGAAAUGGUUUGUGUGGAGUUGGUGGCCUCUGAUCGGCAGGGUUCGAUCCAGGGUGUAAUCUUCCUCGGCAGCAUUAGGUACGAUGCUCUCAAGAAAGUCUAUGACGCCAGGCAGUCAAGUUUGGGAAACAAAAUGGCCCAACGAAUGACCUUUGGCCUGUUCUCCGGUGCCACAACGCAGAGGGUCGAGUUUGUGCGCAUGAAGGGUCCUCAGGGCAAGGGUCACGCAGAGAUGGCUGUAACCAAGCCGAAAGGUGACGGUAGUGGAGCCGAAACACCAACCUCGGAACCAGGUUAUUGCGCCACUGACUUGUGGGACUCUGACUGGGAUGAAGACCCUGAGGACUUUUUUGUCUAUAGGCACCAGAGGCGUUUGAGUGACCCAAGCGCCAACCUGAACAACUUUGUUCGUGCCGGCUGGAAGACAAAACCGACCCAGGAGUCAAAUCGAGCGCGCUCAGAAAACGAGGGUCUCGACUCAAUGGCCAAUGGUUUGAACGAAAUUGAAGCUGGUGACCUGCGAGACGCUACCAAUAUGUUCUCCCGAUUAUGCACUUUGGCCCCGUCAGCCACUGUAGCUCGCAUGAGUAGUAGGAUGCGUAGCAAACGAGUACCACCCACGCGUAAAGCACCUGAUGGUACCAAUGUCGUCUACUGGUGUGACGUCCCCAAUAGCCACCCUACCAAAGAGCUCGACGACGGUGCUUACAACCCUCUGUGGACGAUGAGAGGGUUCACACAGACAUUCCAUUUUUGGAAGGAGACGAAAAGAGCUCAAUCAGUCCCUUUGAACGCAUUCCUCACUUACAUCACCCUUCCCUGGUGGAGCAUUGCGAGAGACAUACUGGAUCACAGAGAGGGUCCCAUACUGACCUUCUAAGCAGUCUACUCAAAGUCUUCGCUGGAUGCCCAUGAUCGUUUGAAAAUUAAUUUUAUUGCAAAUCUUGCCAUUCCUCUCAAAGAUUUUUUGCUCAUUUUGGUGAUAUAUACUUUAGAUAUUUUGUAACUUGCCACACUUGCCAUUUUUUAUGUUUUUUAACUUAAUUUUUCAACUUUUUCAAGCCAGAUAAUUUUUGAAUGGAAAUUUUGACAUUUAAAUGUUUAACUUCAACUAGAAGAGGAUGAUUGAAGUGCAGCACACGUUAAAAGCGGAAAACUUUGCACCACCAAUGUCACACAUCUUCCAAAUAAUUUAACUAUUUUACAUCAUUCAAAUUCUCUUUGAGAGUCUUGAAGUCAUUGUUUUUAAUGAGAAACUUAUAUUGCCUUUAAAAAUGGUGUUUAAAAAAUUCACGAGCUGCUUUUUUACCUCUGCAGCUGUAUCAAUGUUACCUAUGAAUCAUUAUUUUUGUGUGUGAAUCAAAAAUACAAUUUACCAUAUUGCUAUUGGAAAAAGUAAGCCUAAAAUCCCCUCUCCACAUUCCACAAGUCCAUAUGCCACAUUGCCAGUGUACACAGCUUCUAUGUAGCACCUGCGUUCAUCGUGUUAUUAUAGCCACAGCGUAAUCAUUGAAAAGAGUGAAAUUAUUUUUCUCUUUACUCCAAUUAUAGUACUAAACACAUUGGUAACCACUCUAGUGAAAUGAAAAGUUUGGAUCACUUUUGACUGGAGUUGCAAUUAGUUUUGAAAUGGAUCAUUUGGCCUAAAAAUGUUGAUUAGUUAAUAGUUAACACGCAAGACCAUUCCGAGAGAAAACCACAUUUCAAGAAGUUCUGUGAUACCAUAGAUGUACAAGAAGACAUACAUUGAAAAUGAACUUCAUGCAUUAUUAUUACUAACUCAUGGAAGAUCCUAGGUGAAAAAAAUAAGGAGUGGUGGAUUGAAACUUUUUAUAUUUUGUAUGUUGAUUCUCACAAAUUGCCGUGUCGUUAUGUAUCCAGUGCAGUUUUAGUGUUCAUACAGGCAUUUAAAUUAAAAAAUGAUGUUCAUAAAUUCAAGAUUGAGUGUUGUAUCAAUUACUUAUUUCUGUGAUAAUAAAGAGCAGAACAUUCAAAGUAA